CCAGCCGUUAGAUGAAUGAGCUUCUUCUACGUUGAUAUUCACAUUGAGCACAUUUUAUACCUAGUCUCCGUCCUCUCCUCUCAGUUCAUGAUGUUUCCCUCGGAGCUCGUGUCUGUUUCUGCUUCUUCUCUGUGGAUUUUAACGUUUUCUUGGUUGUUGUUCUGUAAACAUGUUGAAGGUGAACAGAAGAACAAACCAAUCAUUGCUGCUCCUGGUGAUGAUGUCAUCCUGCCGUGUCGUCUGGACUCUGAGGAGGACCUGCAGGAUCACACUCUGGAGUGGACCAAACUGGAGAUGGACCCUGACCCAACAAAGAGGCGUUUUGUGUAUCUGUACCUGAACAGGAAGACCAUGACCAAAGUCAUGAUGGAGUCGUUCAUCCAGAGAGUGUCUCUGAACCCAGACGGACUCCAACGAGGAGACGUGACGUUAAAGAUCAGGAACGUGACGCUCCAGGAUGAGGGAACCUACAGAUGCUACAUCCAUAGAUUGGACCACAGAGAGACGGUUCAGCUGCUUGUUG